AAGAGAUCCUUGCUCUCCUUCAGUUCUUUGACCGAUAUAUUUAGACCUUGUUCUGCUUUGUUGCCGAUAGACGGCACUACAAUCGAAAUUAUUCUGCUAUACGGAACUACAGCUGGUGGUGAACUGUGUGUCUCUGUAUCUGUACCCGUUUGAUACUUUUUUUUGUGUGUGUUUUCCAGUAUGGUUUUUACGCAAGUGGGGGAUUUUUGGAACUGACCAUAUGCUUGUCAAUGUAUAGUUGGCUGAAAAUUAUCUUUUUGACACCUGGGAAACGGAAGCUUCUAUAAUACAGGAAUGAAGAUGGAUUUAAAACUGAAUAUAUUCACGUUAAAUUGCUGGGGCAUUGUUGGUAUCAGUAGACAUAGAAAAGAACGGAUGGAAGCAAUAGCAAAUCAUAUUGCCUCCUCUGACUAUGAUUUUGUCUUUCUGCAAGAAAUAUGGAGCCAAACGGAUUUUCAAAUGAUUUGCAAGAAAGCUGCUGAUAUCUUGCCAUAUUCUUAUUACUUUCAUAGUGGAGUGCUUGGUAGUGGUGUUUGCAUAUUAUCAAAAAGUGUUAUUGUUGAUGCUGCACAAUAUCAAUACUCACUUAAUGGCUAUGCGCAUAAAAUUUUGCACGGUGAUUGGUAUGGAGGCAAAGUUGUGGGAUUAUGCAAAGUUCUUCAUCAUGGUUUAAAAAUAAAUUUAUAUGUUACUCAUUUGCAUGCAGAGUAUGAUACAUUCCAUGAUCAAUAUUUGCCACACAGAGUAGCUCAGGCAUUUGAAUUUAGCCAGUAUGUACAACAUACAUCUGAAACAGCUGAUUUAAGUAUAGUAGCCGGUGAUUUUAAUACAGAAUCUACUGAUCUCCCAUACAAAAUAAUCAUUCAUAAUUCUGGUUGUCUGGAUACAUACUGUACUCAAAAAGAGAUUCAUACUGUGGAUAACACUUGCAUAAGAACCACUUGUGGCCAUCCAGAUAAUAUCUAUACAAGCAGCAAAGAGCUUAAUCACUGUCCAACAGGGAAAAGAAUAGAUUAUAUAUUGUACAAAUGUGGUAGUGGUACCUAUGCGGAGUGUUUGUCCUGUGAAACUCCUUUAGGUAAAAUUCCAGAUAGCUCUGUGCCAUAUUCUGAUCACGAAGCUGUUGUUGCUAAACUUCAUAUCUUUAAAUCAAUUGAUGCUCCGAAGCAGCAAGAUAACCCCAGAGCCCGCCUUGAAGCUAUAGAUAGCAGUCACAUUAUCCUGCGAAAGAGCUUGAAAGAAUUGCGAAAUAAUCGACUUAUGUUCAUCCUUAUCAGCUGUCUAUUAUUGGCCCUUCUCUUGGUCACAACUCUGAUUGAAGAAAUUGGUGUAUUUGGCAUUCUAGUAAUUGUUCUCCAAUUCAUAGCUACUCUUCUUCUAGCCUUUUGUCUAUGGAUGGCUCUAAUAGUCAAUAAAAUGGAAUAUAGUGCAAUUAUGUCAGCUUGUAAAGCUAUGGAAGUAUUGACCAAUUCAUUAAUGAAUGAGUAUAAUGAUAAACUUUCUAUGGAUUUUAUAUCCCCGGUUAUACCUCAAGAAAUCAUAUAAUGUUUUGCAGAAAUCUGUUGAGAAGAGAAAAAUUAAGAAUGCACAUUAAACAUAUAGUGUUUAGAUUAUAAAUGAUCCUAUUUUAACAAAAAUCCUUAAAUGAUUUUAAAAAUUCAUAACUAUUCUAUGAAAAUGUUUUCUAUUAUUUAUCAAUGAAUAGCAUUUUUAUUGUGUCAGUUAUUUUUAUGGUAUAUCUGCUAAAUUGUUUAUAUUUCCUUUGUCUAAAAUCCAAUCUUAAAUCAAUUAUGUUAUUUAGAAUGAUAUUUUUCUUUUCUUUUCAUUGUUAGGGCUAGACUGUGAAAUACUUUUGUCUUCUAUUUGGCAUUAAAAAAUAUUCUGUGUUCAUUCAUUAUUUCCGAUUUAAAACAUGCAUGUUAAAUCCAGUAAAUUGAAUAUGUUCUGUAGUUAGUAAGUAGAAAUGUAAAUGUAUCAUUUAGAUCCAUGAAAUAAUAUUAGAAAUGGUAUUUCAUAGAUCUACUUCAUUAAGAUAUUAAGCUCAAGCUCAGUGCUCAUGAAAAAUGAUCAAAGAAUCUACACUUUUCUAUAAUGAGUUGAAAAUUUUUAAAUACUGAAAUUUAUAAAAAUGUUCUUUUUAACUUGAUAUUGUCUUGCAAUGUCAUAAUUUAUUGUUAUGUCCUUGUUGUUGAAUAUACAUUUAUUGUUACAUAGUUAUUUAAUAUUCUAAGUGAUUUCCGACCUGUGAUUAUUAAAAAUAGUUUUGCAAGGAACCAAAGUAGUGUAAUUUAUUCACUGAUUCCAUAUUUAUUAAGGAGCUAUGAUUCUAUUUUUGUAUUAAUUUAGCACAAUUGCUUUUUUUUUUUUUUUCUUUCUUUCUUUUAGAAAGAUCUUUGAUUUUCUAAACAUUUUUCUGUUCUAUUUUUGGCACCAUACAUGCCUAAGAAACUGUUACAAAAUCUUAAAUUAUAAAAUUCUUCAUUAUUCAUGUUUUUGUAGAUGUGUACUCAUUUUGUUAUGCACUC